GAAAAAUAAUAAUUAAAAAGCUUGUCCAAGUAAUAGUCGGCGGUAAUAUCUUUUGAGUUGCUGAAUAGGUGUUGAUUUGGAGUUGGAAGUUGAAGUUGAAGUUGAAGGUGAAGGUGAAGGUGAAGGUGUGUUUAGGCAUGUCGCAGAAUAUGGAUGAAAGGGAAGUAAAAAUAUAUCACGAGAGGCAAAGAUUACAGUUUUGCCUCUUACAUUCUCUUAACAAUCUCUUCCAGGGAAAAGAUACAUUUACAAGAUCUGAUUUAAAUAAAAUUGCUGAGAAACUUGAUGUGGAUGACCCUAACAAGGGGAGCUGGAAUCCUGUAUCACUUGUUUUUAGACCUCAUCAUAAUGAAAUCACCGGGAACUAUGAUAUCAACGUAUUGAUUGCAGCGCUCCAACAGAAAGCCAAAACUGUUGUUUGGCAUGAUAAGCGAAAUGGGGCUUCUUCAAUUGGUCUUGAUGGAACUGAUGAUCGGCUCAUGGGAAUUGUUCUUAAUGUUCCUGUUACAAAGUUUAGUGGCCUUUGGAGAAGCAGACAUUGGGUUACGUUAAGAUGUAUUCAGGGGGUUUGGUAUAAUCUAGACAGUGAUUUUAUUGCUCCUUAUGCUUUUAAAGAUACCCAACAACUUAGGGAGUUCUUGGAUCGUAUCAUUACUGCUGGUGCUGAGGUUUUACUGGUCAUGAAUGAUAAACAAUGAGUUGUAACAUGUUCUGCAGCAGUUUGAUUUCAUUUUUUGACUUGAGCUGUUUGAAGCACAAUGGAGGGUACAUGUUGCACUAUGAAGACUUUAGUUCCCAUGGUUGCUAUUAAUACAUGCCCUGGGCACAUGCUGUGUAUUCUAUUGAUUGUUUUGAAAGUUAUCUUUUACACUGUCCAAUUGACUAUAAUUGAAAAUAAUUCAAGUUUUCACUUGAGUUAUCUUCAAGGUAUACUUUAUUGCUUCUUGUUCGAUUUACCAUUCAAAGUGGAUCUUCCUUCAAAGUAUGAAAUGACCUUACUA